CCUCAUUCCCGUUGCUCCUCCCUCCUCCGCUUCUCAUUCUCGUCGGUACUUCAAAAUUCUGCACGCAAUACCGCGCCAGGUUUAGUGCCUUUCUUAUCCCGGCUCGAGUUGAUUCACCAAGCUUUCUGAGCCCGCAGCAAUCCCCUGAGACCGAAGCACUCGUCUCUUUUUUUUUUUCUCCUCACUCCGCGGUGUUUUCUCUCGAGCGCGUCGAAGCCAUUUCAGUCUGUGCGAAGGUCAUCGUUGCGAAUCUUAAACGCUAGGUUUAGAUCCAUCCGGGCCGAGUGAGGGAUCUUUUCGAGUCGACUCAAAAGAGGGACUGUACGAGGUCAUUAGGAGGACGGCUGCGCGCCUGAUUACGCUACGAUUCGUGGCGCUUCGAUUUGUGACCCCGCGUGUCGUGACCGUUACGGUUGCGAUCCAUCAGGCAUCGUUAGGGCGUUUCAAAAAGGCAUCAGCAGAAGGUCGGGGUCUGGGGGUCGCAGCGAGCGAGGGAACGUGCGAGUGUAAGGAGGGAAGGAGUAUUCGUGCGGCGAGUAUGGCCCAUCCGGGUCAGUGCAAGGACGAGGCGUCGGGACUGGAGAAGGUGGUUCUCAGACAGGCCGGUGGCGCCACGGCCGAGGUGUUUUUCCAUGGCGGGCACGUCACCUCCUGGAAGCAUGACGGCAAGGAGGAGAACCUCUUCAUGAGCAGCAAGGCCGUUUUGAAGCCUCCAAAAGCAAUCCGUGGCGGAAUUCCAGUGUGCUUCCCUCAGUUCGGCCCCAUGGGACCGUUGGAUCAGCAUGGCUUCGCCAGGAAUAGAUCCUGGUCGUUGGAUCCCGCUUCUCCAAAAACGGACCCGGCCUCCCUCGAUCUCCUCCUCACGCCCGCCCCUGAAGACUUGCGCCUGUGGCCGCACAGCUUUGAGCUGCGAAUGAAGGUGGCGCUGGGGAAAGGCGGCGAGCUGCUGUCGUCCGUGAGGGUGCUCAACACCGACUCCAAGGCUCUCUCCUUCACCUGCGCCCUGCACACGUACUUCCGCGUCUCAGACGUCAGCGAGGUGCGCAUCGAGGGCUUGGAGACAUUGGAUUAUUUCGACAACCUGGAUGCACUCAAGAGAGUGACGGACCAGGGCGACUCCAUCACCUUUGACUCGGAGUUUGACAGAAUAUACCUGAACACGCCAGCAAAGGUGGCUAUAGUGGAUCACGCAAUAAAGAAGACGUACAUCGUUAAGAAGGAUGGGUUCCUCGAUGCAGUGGUGUGGAACCCAUGGGAGAAAAAGGCUCGGAGCAUGAGCGACAUGGGCGAGGGGGAGUACAAGCGCUUCGUGUGUGUGGAGGCAGCGGCAAUCGAGAAGCCGGUGCAGCUGAAGCCAGGGGAGGAAUGGAGAGCAGGGCAAGAGCUGUCGGUGGUACCCUCGUCCUACCACAGUGGGCAGUUGGACCCUUCCAUGGUCACACGGGGGUACUAGGGGGUUUAAUUCUUAAGAGUGUUGCUGUGGCAGCAGCUUUAGAGUGUGUGUGUGUGGAGGCAGCAGCAAUGGAGAAGCCUGUGCAGGUGAAGUCAGGGGAGGAGUGGAGGUUGGGGCAAGAGCGAUCAGUGAGGAGUCUAUUUUUGAGGCGCCUGAAAAAUGAAGUGGAGGGCGGGGCAAGAGCUAUCAGCCGUUCCUUCCUCGUACCACAGCGGCCAGCUGGACCCAACCAUGGUUACAUGGGGGUACUAGAGGGGGGUUGUGGCACCGGCUUUGGAGACAAAAGUAAUCGAGAAGCUGGUGCAGGUGAAGCGAGGGGGGGAGUGGAGAGCGGGGCAAGAGCUAUCAGUCGUUCCUUCCUCGUACCACAGCGGCCAACUGGACCCAACCAUGGUAAGGAGGGGGUACUAGAGGGGGUCGUAUCACAGUGGACAGUAUCCAAGCACGAUUACUCAGGGUACCGUACAAGGGGUACCUGAGGGUACUAGGGGGUAUUUGGGAGUACUCGGGGAUAAUAGAGGGUGACUGUAACAGUAACUUCAGAGGCAGCAGCAAUUGAGAAGCACCGGUGUUGAAAUUUCAGACUUGCACAGAGGAUAGAAGUUUCUAGUUGCAUCACAAUCGCAGGUCAGCAUUUUCAACGUGCUUGGUAGUGUGGAGUAUCAGAAUGAGUAGUAGUUGAGUAGAAUCGAAUGAUACAUGGGUAUAUAGACUAGGGGUUGUACCCUCUAAGGCACAAUCCAGUAUAGUCUACAAUAACUACAUAACUUACAUUUGACACACCCCCUAGACUAUAUAGGGGCAGUGCCUAAUAGGAGAAGAAGCAGCUCAGGGUGGCACUACUAGUCCAGCCUUUGAGGCAAGGGUCUAAAGACCAGUCAAAGGAAUAC